AUGUCAGUCUGUUUCUCCCCUGAUGGAAAUACAUUAGCAUCUGGUAGUGGUGAUAACUCUAUCCGUCUAUGGGAUGUCAAAACAGGAUAAUAAAAAGCCAAAUUAGAUGGCCAUAGUGGUAAUGUUAUGUCAGUCUGUUACUCUCCUGAUGGAAAUACAUUAGCCUCUGGUAGUUAGGAUUAGUCAAUCUGUCUUUGGGUUGCCAAUACAGGAUAAUACAAAGCCAAAUUGGAAGGUCAUACUCAUUAUGUCUACUCAGUAUGUUUCACUGCUGAUGGAAAUACAUUAGCAUCUGGUAGUGGUGAUAACUCUAUCCGUUUAUGGGAUGUCAAAACAGGAUAAUAAAAAGCUAAAUUAGAUGGUAAUACUAGCACUUUCUGUUCAGUCUGUUUCUCCCCUGAUGGAUAUACAUUAGCUUCUGGUAGUUAUGAUAACUUUAUCCGUAUAUGGGAUGUCAAAAUAGGAAAAGAAAUUAAACACUAAAACAACAAUACCAAAGAAAUUCUACAAAAAUAUACCACUCCGUUAUUAUAAAAUAAUCCUUUUACAAAUUUUGGUAUCAUUAAUUUGUUAUUUUAUUUAGUUAAUCCCAAUAUUCCAAUUCUUGUUAUAUCCAAAAAUCCUUACUUCCUUUCAAAUGGAGCUUUAAUCUUUUAAGGAGAAUUUUACACCACUUGGGGAGAAGAUUUACGAGCAUUUUUUGAAUCUAGAGGAGGUUGUAUUUUAGAAAACGUCAAUUAAAUUAAAAAAAAGUGA